UUGUCUUGUGGCUUAUGACGAGCUGUUCUUCCUCGUACCGUACCUUUCACACAAACAUUCUUUUGAAGUUGGCGUGCCGACUUUCUCCUCGCCUAUAGCUUCCAGCUCUGCUCUGAGGCAAGCAGCUCCCGAAACUGACACCCACAGGGUUAAACCUAGUUGCUGUAGCCACCAUCCCUCCUCCCCAGUCCCCCUUUUCACUGUAGGCUGGCAGCUGUCCUAACUGCCUACUGAAGCCAAAUGCUUGAGGAGAGAGAGAGUAAGGAGCCAGCCAUGAAUCCCUUCCAGAAAAAGGAGUCCAAGGAAACUCUUUUUUUACCUGUCUCUACCGAAGAGGUGCUGCCCAGACCUCCAAGUCCUCCAAAGAAGCCACCUCCGAAAAUCUUUGGCUCCAGCUAUCCACUCAGCAUUGCCUUCAUCGUGGUGAAUGAGUUCUGCGAGCGUUUUUCCUAUUAUGGCAUGAAAGCUGUGCUGACCUUGUAUUUCCUGUAUUUCCUGCACUGGAAUGAAGACACCUCCACAUCUGUAUACCACGCCUUCAGCAGCCUCUGCUAUUUCACCCCCAUCUUGGGAGCAGCCAUUGCUGACUCAUGGCUGGGGAAAUUCAAGACAAUCAUCUAUCUCUCCCUAGUGUACGUUCUUGGCCAUAUAUUCAAGUCCUUGGGUGCCAUACCAAUACUGGGAGGAAAGAUGCUACAUACAAUCUUAUCAUUGGUUGGCCUGAGUCUAAUAGCUCUGGGGACAGGAGGUAUCAAACCCUGUGUGGCAGCUUUUGGUGGUGACCAGUUUGAAGAACAACAUGCAGAGGCACGGACUAGAUACUUCUCAGUCUUCUACCUCUCCAUCAAUGCAGGGAGCUUGAUUUCUACGUUCAUCACACCCAUGCUGAGAGGAGAUGUGAAGUGUUUUGGGGAAGACUGCUAUGCACUUGCUUUUGGAGUUCCGGGAUUGCUCAUGGUAGUAGCUCUUGUUGUGUUUGCAAUGGGAAGCAAGAUGUACAGAAAACCCCCUCCUGAAGGAAACAUAGUGGCUCGAGUGAGCAAAUGCAUAUGGUUUGCUGUCUGCAACCGCUUCAGGAACCGUUCUAGGGAUGUUCCAAAGAGACCCCACUGGCUAGACUGGGCAGCGGAGAAAUACCCAAAGCAUCUCAUUAUGGAUGUGAAGGCACUGACCAGGAUCCUGUUCCUUUAUAUCCCACUGCCCAUGUUCUGGGCUCUUUUGGACCAACAGGGCUCACGAUGGACCCUGCAAGCUAACAAAAUGAACGGUGAUUUGGGAUUUUUUGUGCUUCAGCCAGACCAGAUGCAGGUACUUAAUCCCUUUCUGGUUCUUAUCUUCAUCCCAUUGUUUGACCUUGUCAUUUACCGGCUGAUCUCCAAGCUCAGAAUUAACUUCUCCUCACUUAGGAAAAUGGCGGUUGGGAUGAUCCUAGCAUGCCUGGCAUUUGCAGUUGCAGCACUUGUAGAGAUAAAAAUAAAUGAAAUGACUCAUCACCAGCCAGCUUCCCAAGAGAUUUUCUUGCAAGUCUUGAACCUGGCAGAUGGUGAAAUAAAGGUGACGGUGCUAGGAAGUAGAAAUAAUUCUCUCUUGGUGGAGUCCAUCAACUCUUUCCAGAACACAACGCACUAUUCCAAACUACACCUGGAAACAAAAGUCCAAGAUUUACAUUUUCAUCUGAAGCAUAACAACUUGUCUGUCCACAAUAAGCAUUCUGUAGAGGAGAAGAACUGUUACCAUUUGGUUGUUCAUGAGGAUGGGGAAAGUAUCUCCAGUGUGCUGGUAAAGGAUAUAGAAAUCAAACCAGCCAAUGGAAUGACAGCCAUCAGGUUUAUUAACGCCUUGCACAAGGACAUCAAUAUCUCCUUGGAUGCAGAUGCUCCUCUCAGUGUGGGCAAAGACUACGGAGUGUCUGCAUACAGAACUGUGCUAAGAGGAGAGUACCCUGCAGUGCACUGUAAAAUGGAAGACAGAGACUUUUCUCUUGAUUUAGGUCUCCUAAACUUUGGUUCAACAUAUCUGUUUGUGAUCACUAAUAUCACCAGUCAAGGUCUUCAGACUUGGAAGACAGAAGAAAUUCCAGCCAAUAAACUGUCCAUUGCAUGGCAGCUACCACAAUAUAUCCUGGUUACAGCAGCAGAGGUCAUGUUCUCCGUCACAGGACUCGAGUUUUCUUAUUCCCAGGCACCAUCUAGCAUGAAAUCUGUGCUCCAGGCAGCCUGGUUAUUGACAGUUGCAGUUGGGAACAUCAUCGUGCUUAUUGUGGCACAGUUCAGUGGCCUGGUACAGUGGGCUGAAUUUAUUUUGUUCUCCUGCCUCCUGCUAGUGGUCUGCCUGAUUUUCUCCAUCAUGGGCUACUACUAUGUUCCUCUGACAUCAAAGGGUAUUCAGGAGCCAACGGAUAAGCAGGUUCCUCAGACCCAGGGGAACAUGAUCAACCUAGAAACCAAGAAUACAAGGCUCUGAUGACUCACUGGACUUGUGACUGAUUCCUGGCUCUGGUUUCAGUCAUCUCUUAUCUUCGAGCAUAUUUCACCCCUACCAGGUUAGGAGAAGGAAACAGCAUUUUAUCUGAGUAGAUCGUCUCCAUUUUUUCUACCACAACAGAGGCAAUUCUAGGACUAGGUUUUCAGGUAUAUCUUUAAACAAGGAUCCAAGAGAUUCUGUGUCCUCCGGGCUAUCAACAAGCUCACUAAACAUUAGGCAAUGUUUCUCAAGUUAGCCUAGUAUCUCCAAAAGGCUAUGAAAAUACAAAUGUGUCAUAGAGAUAAGUCUCUGUGGGUAAGCUAAGCUUGGGAGACUCCUUUAUCAGGUAUUUAGAACUGAUAACUCCACUUGUUGACAUGUUGGUUUGGAAGCAAAAGUGCAGAAUAGUAGAGGAAUGGUAUUUCACAUUUCUUUAUCAGUAGUAUAAUUGUACUGUUCAUGAAGAUGUCAAGAAUGGUAUGUAUGGCAUGAUCUAAUCCAGAGGCUAGCUUGUCAGCCGCUAGCAAGUUUAAUAUGAUUUGAAAUGGCAGGCUACAGAAUGGCAUUUUAUUAGAGCAUGGAAGAUACAUCUUUCUGAUCACUACAGCGUUUCAUCUACUCAUCCAAACACCCCUUUAUCAGUACUGAUAAACCACAAUUAAAGACAGUAAGAAUAGAUGUGGGGACACAGGAAUUCAGAUAAAUUAUUCUUUGUUCUUUACUGCACAUUCCUCUAAAGAACUCCAGUGUUUCCGCCCUGAACUGUGCUCUUCCAAGGACAUCUGUCUAAGAAACUAACUUUAACUUUGCAACCCAGCCUUUUAAGCAUUGCGGGAACAGCUUUAUCUUAUUAUUACAUCUCAUUUUGCUUAUUACAGCAAAUCUUCAGUAACAAAAUGUUUUUCUAGCCCAACUUCCUUUAAUUUUUUUUCUAUUUGGCUUGCUUGUGAUGUAUUUUUAGUUUUUUUCCAUAAUUUUUGUUUACAUUUCUCCCUCUAGUCUUAGAAAUUUCCUGUUUAUUGAAAAGGGAUGACAAUACUACUGUUUUGAAGCUCUAAACUGUAAUAUUCAACAAAUGGGCAAGGUCCUGCAUGAGAAACCUAUCAACAUCUUCAGGGGUGGGCAGAGCAUGUGGACUUUCUGCUUGUGUGUGUGAGACAGGAUCUCAUGUGCAAUGUGUGGAUCAAGGGACAAGCUUGGGAGCAGCAGGAUGGUACCAUGUGUUGCCAGGAGGAAAAAUUCACAAGCUCUGUGUGAAAGACCUCAUUUCCACUCCUUUUGUUACUUUGUUCCCAUCUAUAACUAUGUUGGAUCGCAUAUUGUUAAUAAUGUAAUAUAUUCUUAAGAGAAUUUGCUCCAGUUCUUCAAGCUUUAAAUACUGUAGUUUUAAUGACUAAGAUUUCAGAAGCACAGAAGAUAUUGCAACACCAUUCAUUUCCCCCAGAUACCUUGCUGUGAACUUGUCCAUACUCCUUUAGAAGAUGUUCAUUUUUAAGCAGCUUUAACUCAAACUAUUUUUUUGACUUUUGUUGUAAGAGAUGUUAACACUGAUCUGUGAAUAAAAGGUUUUAUGUACAAGUAAA